AUGAAUUCGCAAACUUUGCGUAUAAUAGAGGCAAAUAAGAAAAGUAUUGGGAUGAAAAGAGUGAGAAAUGAUACACACUUCCCUCACAACCAAGAAAACAAGAAAGCCGAUGAAAAAUCUAAUGGGGGAUUAGAGUCGUUCGCCAAUGAUACAACCUUACACGGAGCAAGAUAUUUGUGCGACAAAAACGUCUUCAGGAGAGUUUUAUGGACCUUGGUCCUCAUCGGCAGUUUUAGUUUCUGUAUUUAUCAAGUUUGUGAGACUCUGGUGGCAUUUAGUCAGCGACCAUUCAUUACAAAAGUUUCAACAAGCACAACUGAAACCAACGAGUCUUUUUUCCCCGCUGUGUCGCUUUGUAAUCUGAAUUCCUUUAACACACGAAGAUAUAGAGACAUAUUAAAAUCCCACAAUUUCAGUGAACCUUUCAUCGAGAAAAAAAUUCAAGACGUGCUUGUUAUUGUGAACAAAGACAAAAAGGCAUUUAACGAUGAGUUUGUCAAGCGAAAUCCAGAAUUUUUUCAACGUCAAAAAACCGCAAGUGAAAUUAUGGCACAACUGAUGCUCAGUCAUCAAAUCGAAGAAAUGCUCCUUCCAGUAAGCCCACAGUUUCAUUCUUGCUCUGUAAAUGGGAAAAAGUGCACAGCAAAUAACUUUACGAGUCACGUGAGUUCAUUAUACGGAUUGUGUUACACAUUUAACUCUCUGAAAAGCGGUCGACCGUUACUCUAUGCAACGUUAUCUGGUAAAAAUAGUGGACUAAGGCUUCUACUUAACAUAGAAAGGGACAGCUACUUGGCUACUAACAUUCGCCCAACAGUUGGUCUUGCAAUUAUUAUCCACGACCAGAAAAGUUUUCCUUUCAUGGAGGACUUUGGUACCACCGUACAGCCAGGCAUUUCAACUCUUUGUGCCUUUAGGAAAAGAAAGGUUAGAGACUAGCGCGCAAUAUUAAACAAUUAUUCCGCGAGCCCGAAUGGGCUCUGAGUCAAUAGCCCAUGAGGCCUUGGCCUCAUGGGCUAUUGACUCAGAGGCCGUGAGGGUUUUAAUAAAAUCCAACUAGUUGGUCAAAAAUAUCGAGACAAAAAAACUUUAGCUAGCAAAACGCGAUUCAGCCGCUAUUGUUUUGGUUUUCAAAGCCCGCGCUUUUCGCUACUAGAGGGCUAUAACAUAUAGCCUAGUAGUGGCUCAGCCAAUCAGAACGCAGCAUUGAUAAUAGACCACUAGUUGCAAUGGAUUUUACUAAUAUCUGAUAACCUGUUUAAUUAUCCUAGAUAGACAAGACGGUUUAACUGGAGAAGUUCAUAAAAAAAAACCCCAGUUAGUCUGUGGCUUGGUUCCCAGCAACUGAGUGAUAAGUGAUCUUCUUUGCACUGAAAUGAAUCAAGGAAAAAUUUCGAGUUCCUACAAUCUUAGACAAAAGUCCUUGGGACAGUGAUUCAAAUUUUGGCCCCACUGUCCAUCGACUUCAUUGUCAAGCUUGAGCGCCGAUCCAAAGACGCGCGACUAAGUUUAUCUUAAAACUGCCUUACUCUUCUAAUAUAAGUUAUAAGUCUCGUUUACAAACUCUAAACCUAAUACCUAUUUGUUACCGGCAUAAACUCUUAGAUCUAACCUUUUUUUUUUCAAAUUGACGCAAGGGUCUUGUUAACGUGAACUCCUCUGUGACCUACCUGAAGUUCGUAAAUACGGUAGACGCACUAGAUCUUCACCCAGUAAUGUUAAUAAAUACAUAAUUAAGAAAUGUAAAACUACUACGUACCAGAAAUCCUUUCUUAUUAGAACUAGUAAAAUUUGGAAUUGUUUAGCGGAUGAACUAGAUUUGAGUUCAUCGACCUUAGCUUCCUUUAAAUCGGUUAUUUUUAAUCAUUAUAAGUCCUCGUCAGCUGUUUCCUAUGCCUUUUUUUAUGAAGACCCACUUUCGUUCAAGUCUAUCCGUUUAAAAUGUAAUAGUGCUCGUCCCUUGUCUCGUCCAAUAACUUGUUGUAUGUAGCUGUAGUUUUCUUGUAUCGCUGUUGUUUUUAAUAUUUUUGUUUUUAUUUCUUUAUUAGUAUCCGAGACCGCUGUAAUUGGCCACAGCUGUUGCGGUGUCCCUGCCAACGUUCUUUCUGUUUGUUUGUUUUAUUUUGGCGAAGCUAAUAAAAUAAAAAAUAAAAAAAAUAAAGUAACUGUAAUUUCUGGUUUCCCUCAUAAAACAGUGCAACGUCUUCAAAAAUAUUUUGGAGUUCUCCUUCUCGCCCACCCUUUAGAAUGCUGUAACUCGGGAAAAGUUUGGAAACAAACGUUUAACGCCGUACGUUCUUUGUGGGGUGGGGAAAAGGGGCAGGGCAUGUGUGAAAAAGAGAAAAAAUAGCUCAUCGGCUGUCAUAAAAAUGCCCUUGUAAAAGUUCUUUCUGGUCAUUAAAUAUGGGUCUCCUUAAAUGAAUCUAGAAGAUCAAUUGUGUCAUGAGCAUGAGUUUCCGCAGCUUUUUACUAAUUAAAAAAAGCACUUAUUUUCUUACAGAUAGUUAACUUGAAAGGAGGCAUACUUUGUUUAACGUGUUUGUCUAGUGACCUGUACAAGUUGUCGCUACAAAUACGGAUGUGUUUCUCUCGGACGUACUAUUUUACGGCGUUACAUUACACUGUCAAAAGAUGCGGCUGUACACCGCCUGAAUUUAAAGGUAUAGUAAUGGCUCUUCAUUUUUUACAUUAACCAGUGAGUGUCUUUGUGGAUGUUUAAUAUCCGUAAGCGGGCGAGUUCACUGAAUGAUGAGAUUUACCGUUACUGAAAACAACAAUAUACCUCUUCCGAUAGACCAAGAUAGUUUCCUUCGAUCAUGAAAAUUGAGAUUAGUUUUUUAACAGUUGGCCUGGAUAAUAAUUAUUUUUUUCUGAGUUCUUGGGUUAAUUGCCACUUUUUGAAAUACAUCUGUAUUCAGCAAAAACAGCAUGCCAAGAGGUUUCCACAAUAAUUUUAGAAUUUCGCUCGCUCUUAUACGGGUCCGGGAAGCCGGACACCUUCAUAGAGGACUUUUGAUAAGGCAAAAUUAAGAAGAUAUUCUAGCAACAAGUUGCUAAAAUAGAAUUAAAAAUAUGUGAAGGAAGAAUUCAUUAAAGGAUAUUAAAAUAACUUUAUCGGAAUAAAUUUGUUCAUUUUCUUUUUGAAGCGGAUGCUCCGAUUUGUGCGCCGAAUGACUCUGUGCUCUGCGUUUACAAUUCCUAUGGUGAGUCUGUAUUACUGGGGAUCACGUUAUAGUGGUUUUCGUGUUAAUUAUCACUCUUAUCGUGAGUGAUAAACCUGUUUAUCAGGAUUAAAUACAUGCGACGGACGUUCAGCGCCAAGCCCAUGUAUAUAUGCAAGCUGCUGCCAGGUGUGAGGCAUUAUGCGAUUCUAGCCAGCUGACGCGUUGAACCAAGAGAGAAUGAGCUAGAACAUUCUACCUUGGUUGAACACGAUUGUAAGAUUUCUUGUCCCAUCCCUCCCUCCCUGAGGGUAUCGCGCGGUGGUCUAGGCAAUAAAAAGAACCCCAAAGAGAGUUGUUGUGUAUUUAAUACUAUUAUAAUGAUAGAUUGACCAAACUACUGGUGCAAGGUAACCUCUUAUGAAAUGAGCUAAUCUGAGUUAAAUUUAUUCAAUGAUAUAUAUAUUAUAUAUUUCAUUGUAGAAGAGUUUGGAGCCUCUAGUGAAAAAGAAUCUUGUGACAAGAACUGUCCUGAACCCUGUGAACAUGUGGAAUACGAGACUUCCUUCUCUUACAGCGCAUUGCAGCCCGAAAGCUUCGUCGAUCAUCUCAUGGAUUUCCUUAAGAGCAAUGACACGUCAGUGGAUCGAGCGAUUUACGAGCCCCUGUUGAACAUGACACCAUCUGAACGAGAGAGAUACAUUGAGUGAGUGCUUUACUUAGACUGGUAUCUCCAACUGAAUGAGGAAAUACGUGAACUAAUGUAUACUAGUAAGCUUCCCUUGUGGAAAAGAGAGGGCGAACAAACAAACCAAAAAGCUGGUUGUUUUGCAGUCUAGUGGAAGAAGUGCAACCCGGCAAACAAAUGCAAACUGGCAGAUUAUAGAAGCAAGAAACAAACAGAUCUGGUUUAAAUUACUCUGUUCGCUCUUUGCUAUCCAUUCGUAGUUUGCUUAGUUUGCCAUCACAGAUACUCCAGGCAGAGGGAGGAUACUUAAUCAGUCGUAAUAAAUGAAGGUAAUGGAUACAACAAUUGUCUUGACUAGUAUCUGUCGCACUGCGACUCCAAUCGGAGGCAAAUGGAGUACCAACCUCGGGUACACUUAAAAACUUGAUUUGUUUUUGUUUCGUGUUUCCUAACUUAAAAAUUAAUUUUCUUCAUAUGUGAAUUUUUUUUUAAUCCAGAAAGAACAUAAUUUCCUUGGACAUCUAUUUUGAAGAUCUGAGCUACGAAAUCAUUGAACAGACGCCUGUUUACGAGACCUGGACGAUGAUCGGUAAGACUCGCUCAUGACUUGAAAACUUAGCACAUUGUUAUAACUGAACUUACAGUUAUCAAUCUUAAGCAUUCUCGCCAUUUUCCUGAAACGUCCGAGGGGAGCGAGGAGGCCUAAUGGCAAACAGUUUACCACGCAGAAUUAUCAAUUGAGACCCCUGAAGGAGUCGCGAAAUGAUCGAGUAGCGUAUGACCUUUAACCUCUGCAAAGGUUCGGCUACAUUCCAUUUAAAAAUGCACGAUUUACGAUCCCCUUCAAACUUUAUUAUAUUCCUCUCCCCAACCUCCCGAAGACACAAAGAGAAUUUGUGGAGGAUCAGACUGAGGAAAAGGUUUAUAGCAAGCACGGUCAUGUAUCCCCCGUAUACUAUACUUCCUGUAAUUUCUUUUAAAUUAGCCUCCGAGGCCUAUCACUUUCCUUUGUUUAGUCAGGACCAAAUCUUGCAUUAUUUAUUAUUUAUUGUAUAGGAAGCCUGGGUGGGACAUUUGGUCUGUUCCUUGGAAUGAGUUUGCUCACCAUUUUAGAGUUCCUUGACUUCAUCUUCGCAAGGAUUUGUCACUUACUUCAAGGUCUCCACUCUGGCAACAGACAUACUGGAACCAUUCAUGCAGAGUUUUGA